CGAUGGGGUUGUUUUUUGAAGAGAAACAGAAAUGUUGCAGAGCCAGUCUGUUGUGUACUUAUAACACAGCCAAAGCUUGACAGCGGCAUUGUCAGUUGAGUCUCUCAAGGCAUUUUUGGACGCCUAACCUUACAGCGUUAUGUGGCUUAUGGAACGUGUAUAAUGGGGAAUUUUAAAGAGGAGGAGCAUUGGUCAAAUUGCAAGUUCCUGACUGCUUUCUCGGAGGCCCACGUCGUGGAUUUGAGUGCUGCAGCUGAAGUGGAGGAAUGCCAGUUCCCGAGCAGAGCCCAGUGAUGGAGGAGGGGCUUCUGUUGACCUCCCGCAGCCGUUCGACAAGCCGCAGCGUGGCGCCGAAUAACACGGCCAACAAUAUCCUAGCAUCUGUGAAAGAACAGGAGCUGCAGUUUGAGCGGCUAACGCGGGAGUUGGAGGUUGAGAGGCAGAUUGUGGCCAAUCAGCUGGAAAGAUGCAGACUUGGGGCAGAAUCGCCAGGUGCUGGAAGCAGCAGCUCAUCUGAGAAGUCCCCGCCUUGGAGAACUGCCGGCGCCCCCUCCCCAGGGGACCCCCAGUCAAGGCUCGCAGACAGCUCCCAGUCGCCAAGCUACCGCAUCAGGAUUGAGUCGGAGCAGUUGUCUCUGUAUUCCCCGGCGCAGUCCUCCCUCCAUGAAAGGUCCACAGGGAACUCACGUAGUUCAACUCAGAUGAAUUCGUACUCGGACAGCGGCUACCAGGAUGCGACCGGCGGCUACCACAGCAACCAGAAUGUGCUCAAAUCUGAGCUGAGGAUGCAGCACUCCUUCGCUGGAAUGGGUUCAAGCACAAGCACCCCUGUAAAGACUGCCAGGGCAGAGGGGCAGGCGUCAGCACAGGUGCCAUCAGUCGGCGGAGCAGUGCCCGGCCGUGCGGUGCGGAGAGUCAGCUCAGUGCCUUCUCGCUCUCACUCACCACCCCACGUCAGCAGCAUGUCGCCCUCCCGCAGCUCCCUGCGUGCCUCAGCUGGCAGCGGCUACGGCUCGGCCAUCGUCACGGAACCCAAACCCCUCUCCUGCAUCUUCUCCACUACCUUGCCCUCCUCUGCCCAACGUAUCGGUACCAGUGGCAGCAACUCACCCCUCUCCACCCAUAAAAACUCACCUGCCACACUCCGACGGGUGGGUUCUACCAACUCCAGACCGGGCAGCACGAGCCGUACCACGUCGCCCUACCAGGCCUCCGUGGGCUCAUCGUCGGGCCGCAUGGGCUCGCCUCUGACCCUGAUGGAUAACUGUCAGAUGACCAAGCAGCCCAGUCACUCGUCUCCGGUCCGAACGAGUAUGGUGGCCGUACCCCAGCACUACAGCUCCACUCUGCCCCGCGCCGUCAUCCACAACGCCGACCCUUACAGGCCGCAGGGGUAUGAUGUUUACGAGAGGAGGGCACGGCCUGACAGCCUCGCAGAAGCUCUGGUGGAUGAUGAUGUUCAAGGCAUGCGGAACCCAUAUGCCAGUCAGCACAGUCAGUUGGGCCAGGACUUGAGGUCCACCAUAUCCCCAGAGCGUUGUAUUGCACCCAUCUUUGAGGACCGCAUGUUCCAGGCCCCCCUGUACAUCAGCCCAGGCCACACGCAACAGGGCACCAUCUGCAGGAACGCCACAGGAUGGAGGGAGUUGGAGCAUGGGAGUGGUCAGAGCCGAUGGAGAUCUGACCAGCGCAAUAGAAGUCAUGCUGUGCAUAUCCCAGGAGUUGGGAGUCUCCAGCGGACAUCCAGUCAGCGAAGUGCCAUGACCUACCAAAGAAACAACUUGGCUCUUAACACACCCUCCACCUAUGCGGAUCCGUAUCGCUCCGCGCAGUACCGGCCGUGCGAUUCCAACUACAGUCGGCAGGCUGCUAUCAUGGAUGAUCCCACCCGCUCGCCUUCAAUAGACAGCAUCCAGAAGGACCCCAGGGAGUUUGCAUGGCGUGACCCGGAGCUGACAGAGGUGAUUCACAUGCUGCAGCACCACUUCUCCUCCGUGCAAGCCAACGCAGCCGCCUACCUUCAGCACCUCUGCUUUGGCAAUAACCGAAUUAAGGCCGAAGUGUGUCAGCUCGGCGGCGUCAAACACCUGGUCGACCUGCUAGACCACAAAGUCCUGGAGGUCCAGAGGAACUCCUGUGGAGCUCUGAGGAACCUUGUAUAUGGAAAAGUAAUGGAUGAAAACAAGAUCGCUCUAAGGAACGCGGGAGGCAUUCCAGCUCUGCUUCGACUGCUGAGGAAGAGUGUCGACGCAGAGGUGCGGGAGCUCGUAACAGGGGUGCUGUGGAACCUGUCAUCAUGCGACGCCGUCAAGAUGACAAUCAUCCGCGAUGCCUUGACCACCCUGACCAACACUGUGAUCAUCCCCCACUCGGGAUGGAGCAGCUCCACCUUUGAAGAGGACCACAAGCUUAAAUUUCACUCGUCGCUGGUGCUGAGAAACACAACUGGUUGCUUGAGGAACUUGAGCUCAGCUGGUGAGGAGGCUCGAAAACAGAUGCGCACCUGUGAGGGUUUAGUUGACUCACUGCUCUACGUCAUCAAAGCCUGUGUCAACACUUCGGACUUUGACAGCAAGAUAGUGGAGAACUGCAUUUGCACGCUACGGAACCUGUCCUACCGUCUGGAGCUGGAGCUGCCUCCGUCGUGCCUGAUAGGGGUGCAGGAGGUAGACGCCAUGCUGGGAAGCGAGUCGCCGAGCAAAGACGUCAGCUCCAGCUGCUGGGGGAGGAAGAAGAAGAAGAAUAAAAAGAACUCGCAGGAAGACACUUGGGACGGUGUGGGACCCAUCCCGGGUUUCUCCAAGCCACCGACGGGCGCUGAGAUGCUGUGGCACCCCACUGUGGUGAAGCCUUACUUGACACUACUCGCCGAGAGCUCCAAUCCUUCCACUCUGGAGGGCGCUGCUGGCUCACUUCAGAAUCUGUCGGCGGGCAACUGGAAGUUUGCAGCGUACAUCCGUGCUGCAGUGCGGAAGGAGAAAGGCCUGCCCAUUCUCGUGGAGCUGCUGCGGAUGGACAAUGACCGGGUGGUGUGUUCGGUGGCCACUGCACUGAGAAACAUGGCACUGGAUGUCCGGAACAAAGAACUCAUAGGGAAAUACGCCAUGAGGGACCUGGUCAACCGCCUGCCCGGGGGAAACACCACCUUACUGUCGGACGAGACAGUGGCAGCCAUCUGUUGCACCCUGCACGAGGUCACCAGCAGGAACAUGGAGAACGCCAAAGCCCUGGCGGACACUGGCGGCAUCGAGAAGCUGGUCAACAUCACCAAGGGCAGAGGAGACAGGUUUUCUCUAAAAGUGGUCAAGGCGUCCGCUCAGGUACUGAACACGCUGUGGCAGUACAGAGAUCUACGCGCCAUAUAUAAGAAAGAUGGAUGGACCCAAAACCAUUUCCUCACUCCGGUGUCCACACUUGAGAGGGACAGAUUCAAGUCGCAGCCCAUUCUCCCCACCACCAGUAUUCAGAUGUCCCCCCUCAACCAUCCCGCUGCCAGUGCUAUGUCAUCUCCUGCCAAUCGAGAUCACACGCUGAGAGAUUAUCAGAGAGCGCAGUCAACUAUGCAGUUUUAUAACUACCAAGUGGACAACAGUGUUCACAAAAACCAGUAUACAGGGUCUGGAAAGCAUUCUCCGUAUUACUACCCGUCACCCUCACGGGAGGAACCCAGAAGAACACAGCCUUUGUACUAUGCCGACGACCCGAGCAGGAAGACGUACGAUACGUACAGGAUGUACGCGCAGCAUCCGCACUGCUACGAUGACGCCUACACGGACGAGGUGAUCACGUACGCGCCCGCCGUCGACUACGGCGGCCAGCUGCACACGCUCAAGGCCGCCAACAACUACGUGGACAUUUAUGCCAGCACGCGGAGGCCCUCUUACCGGGCCGAGCAGUACCCCGGAUCCCCCGACUCGUGGGUCUGAAACUCAACGAUCAACCAUGAACUUGGCUUUAAAAAUACUGUGUGUGUGUGUGUGUGUGUGUGCGUGUGUGUGUGUGUGUAUGCGUGUGUGUAGCAUCUACACACCCCUGUUCAAGUACCAAAUUUUUUUAUAUAAAAAAUUUGACCACCUGAAAUCGUUUUUUUUUUUUAAUCCACCAUUGUGACCGAUAACCUGUUAAAAGUCAACUGAAAAAAAAGGUGUAUAUUUUAAAGAGGGAAAGUAAGUAUAAACAACUGAGAUUAUGUGGUUGCACAAGUGUGCACCCCCUCUUAUAACUGGGGAUGUGGCUGAAAACCAUGGCUUGGCCUGUAAGAUGUAACUCCAAAAAUGGCAGAAAAAAAACCUACUAAAACAUCUGACCUUUAUUUGGGGUUAUACUGAAGCACUUUAAAAGGUGGCAGGUGUGUGCUGACUCAGAUUUAACAUGAGUUUGAAAGGCAUUGGUUAAUUCAGAACACAGCUGCAUCCCCAGUUAUGAGGGUGUGUACACCUGUGCAACCACAGUUUUUUUUUUUAUUUCUGCUCUCGAAAAUAUUAUUUUUUAAUGUGCUGUACAGGUUAUAGUUUACAUCAAUGUAGAAGAAAGUUAAAUAAAAUUAUCUUGGUCUUAUUUUUAUUUUAUUUUUUGCGCAAAAAAGACUUUGAACAGGGGUGUGUAGACUUUUAUACGCACUGGACGUAUGUAGGGGGAGAGAGAGCAGAGGGAAUCAUGGAAUGUGUGCCAAUAGAAGGGAAAUAGUUAAAGUAGUUCAGAGGGGUACACACAUCGCGAUUUUUAACGUCUUAAUGGAGUUUUCAAUUUGUGAGAGACCCCACACAUGACGACCAAAAAAAUUGGGAAGUGGGGUCUUCGUGCUCUUAUUGUGGGUGGUGUGGUGAUAUACUAGAUAAGUGCUCUCCAACCACCGGUGGCACAUUUGGUACAAUACGCACUAGACUGGACCGACUCGUUUAAGAGAAACAAGCUUCCGCUAAUUACAACAAAUACAAUUAGUGUGAUGUUGCGCUGUAUUUUUAACAAAUAUUCCGUCAAAAUAUUGCUUUACGCGAACUCAGUCCAUGUUGCAAAAACAUGUUGGGGAGCACUGCACUAGAUGGCCAACACAGCACACCACACACGACGACAUAUUUGUGAUCAUAAAUAUUGAACAGGUCUAAACCUUUUGUAAGCCUAAUAGUGUAAUAAAAUCUUUUUUUGUUGUUGUUGUUUUUGGGAAACAAGAAAAACAAAUUCACAAACAACAAGAGUCCAGUUGUUUUAAUACCACCUUUGCCGAUUACCAAGCAAUUUUUUAUUGAUAAUGUGACGCUAAGUAAGUAACGGUUUACAAUUGUCGGCCUUGAUCGUUUUAUGAGCAGAUCAAGUCGGAAAAAUUAAUCUUAACACACCCAACACCAAAGGAUAAUCACUCCGGAUAAUAUUUUCGAGACAUCCAACAAUCAGGCCUUUGAUGACUUUUAUUGAAAGCAGUGGAAAAAUGCUCAAAUUCAUACGAUCGUAUGUGUGUGUGUACCCCGAUUUAGACACAAAAAAAUCAUGUGGGGGGGACAAAACUGGACAUGAUUGACAGUCCUGCUUUGUUUUAGAUGUUAGAUUUGAUUUUUUUAUUUUUUCAACUUGUCAUAGCGCAGUGAGGGCGUGAGUCAUGUGAUGCGAGGAUUUGCGGGAAGAGUCAAGAUGGAGGUUGUUUGUGUAUGUGCCGAAGCCAACAUGGACGUGGGGAAAGACUGUACAAAAGGAUGAAAGUGUUAGCUGUACUUCCUGUUGUAACGAUGUUGUGGUUUCUUGUAAAUACAGUACACGUGGCCUGGUUUACACUCGUCUGCACUGCUAAAAAAAUCAUGAACUUGUGCCAUAUUAAAGCUCUAGAGAUAUAUAUAAAUAUGAAGUAUGUGGAGACAACUGGCAUAAAUACAUAAUACAAACAUGAUAUGAUAAUAAAAAGAACAGUUUUGUUUUUUA